AUGGAGCGCUCAGAUAUAAAUCCUUUAGAAGAAAUAAAAGUUGUCGAAUAUAUUAAAGAAGAUGUAAUAGAAAAUAAUGAACAGGAAAUUCAGCCAACUUAUCCUUCUAUGGGAAAAAUAGAAGUUAAAUACCCAAGAGUUUCUAGUAAUAUUGGGAACUAUGAGGAAGAAAAAUCUGAUUCGCGUAUAAAAAUAUCUAUCGUUGAGCAUACCAUUAAAUCAGAGCUUCUAUUAAAAGGUGUCUAUUUUAUUGUUAAAGGUCAAGACAGCUCAGGUACUUUUGAAAGUUCUAGAAAGUUCAAAGAUUUCAGACUCUUAAGAGAGCAUUUAUCUAAUUCAUGGCCAGGGUGUUAUAUCCCUCCAGUCCCUCACAAGAAAAACUUGGUAUUUUAUAUAUAGGGCACAACACAACCCGAAUUCAUUGAGCAUAGGAAAAAAUUACUUAUAACUAUUUAAUAAAAGUUCAUGCAAUGGCAUAUUAUAUCAAUAAUUCUUUUUGAUAAGGAAAUAAGAUAUCUAAAGCAAAAUAUUAAUGAAAAAAUUAAUUUUAAUAGCAAUAACUGAUUUUUAGCUAAAAUUUCGUCAAUGAGUUAUUUGUAUGAGUCUCCUGAAUUUCAAGAAUUUAUUCGAGGGAAUUCAGAAUAUAGAAAAGUGGAAUGAAAGAAAAGCAGCUAUGACGAAAUUUCUCAAAAAUGUCAGAAAAUAUUUAAAGAAUUUUCAUCAGGCGAAUAUAAUGAAAAUCAUGAAGCUAUUAUUGAAGAAGCAAAUAAUUAUUUUAAGUCUGGAAAAAAUAUAUUAGAGAGGUUUGAACAAAUUUGUAAAGCAAACACUGAUUAUUUUUACUAUUUUGGAGCUUCUUUUUCACAGCUUUUUAGUGGAUUUGUUGAAGUUGGCGGAUUUUAUACAGAAGCUUAUGGAAGUCAUCCAUUGCAUAUUCAUGUAAAAGAAAAGCCAGCAAAUCCUUUUACUAUGUUAUUAGAUUGAGUGAGAUGGGAAAUAAUUGAUCUUGAAGCUAUAAUGGAAGCCAUUUCCCGAGUAAAAGACCUUGAAAAAACCAAAAUAAAAUCCCAAGGAAAGCUUCAAAGCGAGCUCGUCCAAUACCAAAAAUUGCAAGCAGGCAGAAAAUCAAUUUCCCAAAUUUUAUCAAUAAAAUCUAAAGAACAAAAUUUAAAAAACCUCCAAGGCAGCACCAUCAACCUAGAAGCAGAAAUCGACGCUUUAUCAGUCCUCCAAAAAAUCUGCACCUCAAGAUUUGUUUCUGUAGAUCUCCCUGCAUUUAAAAAGCAAAAAUCAAAAAAAUACGAGCUCAUCUUGCGAUCAUUUACAAAAUCUUCAGUCAGUGAAUUCCAACAAAUUAUCCUACAAACAAAAGAAAUUGAAGAUAAUUUAAAUAGUUAA